ACACAGACUCACCCAGAAAGCACAGCCCUGAUUUUGCAUGAGAAGGACCAUCAGCAGAACCUAAAAUUGUAUCAACAUUUUCUGCACAGGACAGAUUGUGGACAACUUCUUUCUUAAGGAGAGAAUGUUUAAAUUUCACCAAGUGAAACAUAUUUUUGAUAUACUAGAUAAAAUGCGAUGCCUGCGAAAACGUUCUAUGGUCUCAUUCUUGGGAGUUCUUGUCAUUUUCCUUCUGUUUAUGAACAUGUACAUUGAAGAUAGCUAUGUUAUGGAAGGAGACAAACAACUUGUAAGGGAAACAUCUACACAUCAGCUGAAUCCAGAGCGCUAUGUGCAUACUUUCAAAGAUUUAUCUAAUUUCUCAGGAGCCAUCAAUGUCACCUAUCGCUACCUAGCUGUCAUGCCUUUACAAAGGAAACGGUUUCUUACAAUUGGACUCUCAUCAGUGAGACGAAAAAAAGGAAACUAUUUACUUGAGACAAUCAAGUCAAUUUUUGAGCAAUCCAGCUACGAAGAGUUGAAGGAAAUUUCAGUGGUGGUUCAUCUAGCUGACUUUAAUUCAUCCUGGCGUGAGGUCAUGUUACAGGAUAUUACACAGAAAUUUGCCCACCAUAUUAUUGCAGGAAGAUUAAUGGUUAUACAUGCUCCAGAGGAAUAUUACCCAAUCCUGAGCGGCCUUAAAAGAAAUUACAAUGAUCCAGAAGACAGAGUGAGAUUUCGUUCCAAGCAAAAUGUAGAUUAUGCUUUUCUGCUUAAUUUUUGUGCCAAUAUUUCAGACUAUUAUGUAAUGCUUGAAGAUGAUGUUCGCUGUUCAAAAAAUUUCUUUACUGCCAUCAAGAAAGUCAUUGUAUCCUUAGAAGGAACUUACUGGGUAACCCUUGAGUUCUCUAAGCUUGGCUAUAUUGGAAAAGUUUAUCAUUCUCAUGAUCUCCCACGUUUGGCACGUUUUUUAUUAAUGUUUUAUCAAGAAAUGCCUUGUGAUUGGCUAUUGACUCAUUUCCGGGGUCUGUUGGCUCAGAAAAAUGUGAUUCGUUUUAAACCAUCUCUCUUUCAGCACAUGGGUUAUUAUUCAUCAUAUAAAGGAACUGAAAAUAAGCUGAAGGAUGAUGAUUUUGAAGAGGAGCCAUUUGACAUCCCAGAUAACCCUCCUGCAAGUCUAUACACCAACAUGAGUGUUUUUGAAAAUUAUGAUGCAAGCAAGGCUUAUAGUAGUGUUGAUGAAUACUUUUGGGGGAAAUCACCUUCAACAGGAGAUGUCUUUGUGAUUAUAUUUGAAAAUCCAAUUGUAAUCAAAAGACUUAAAGUGAAUACUGGAACAGAAGAUCGACAAAAUGACAUUUUGCAUCAUGGAGCCCUAGAUGUUGGGGGAGAUAUUAGAUAUUUUAAACAGAAUAGACAAUGUAUUACAUACAUAAGACUAGGGGAAUUCAAAAAUGGAAACUUUGAAGUAUCUGAUGUAAAUCAAAAAAUUCCAUUUGAUAUACAUUGUAUGAGGAUAUACGUUACCAAAACACAAAAGGAAUGGCUAAUUAUUAGGAGUAUCAGCAUUUGGACUUCUUAGCCAAUUAAACCAAUAUGUCCAGUUACUGAAGCAGGUCUUCCUGUUUCCUUUUUUGCUACUUUCCUUUUUUGCUCCCUUUUUCCUUUGGAGGGAAAGCAAUGGAUUGGAUAUUUAAAAUGUCAUUUUGGCAGUUUUGAUUUACACAUUGUCAGCAUACUUUUACUCUAACACACAUUUAUUUUAACUUUUGAAGUUCAGUAUCAGUUCAUAGUUAAUGCUACUUUUGUUUAUAUUUUAAUGUAUCAUGUUAUUUUCAAAAUUUCAUCUGAAUGUCAAAAAGGUGACACAAAGGAUUUAAAGUGAGAAAAUGUAGUUUGUUGGAUGGCGAAUCCUGAAAAAUAGUUGCCACUUUACGCACUUAGUCAAGAAGUGAUUUCAUUAUAUCAUCCUAGAACUUUUAUUAAGCAUCUCUGAGACUAUGCAGUUGAUUAGAGUGAUAAUCUGUUGUUGUUUUUUUUUCUUGUAAACUUAGGUUUACACAGACUUCUGUACAUCUGCAAUGAAUACCUCCUCAUAGAAGUGAUGUCUUUACAACAGAAUUUUGUGUGUAGGUGGGGUGAUUGGAAGUAAAAAAAAAAAAAACAGACUUAAAAAAUUCUUCCCCUGAUUAUUUAUAUAAAGGGGACAUUGUUCAACGUAUAAAAACUUAAAACACCUAUUGUCAAUAAAUAUUCUGUGGGAAACAGUCUUUUUCCAGUUUCCCUUUUGCAAAAAAGAGUAGUUAUGCUCAAUAUUUUCAGGUUCCAUUGGGUACCUGCAUUUAAUAGAAGAAAUUAGAGAAGGCUUGUAGUUAGUCCCUUCUUAAUGAAC